AUGGCGAGUGGCUCUCGACGAAACAUUCCAUCUAACCUACGUAUCCCUCCUCCCACCACCGUCGAGUGGACCGUCGCCAACAAGUCCAAGUCCAAAAUGGGCACUCCUCUAGGCUCGCCAACACUGGCAGCGUCGACAGCCAAAUUCCGAAACAGAGUCCCAGCCCAGAUGCAAAGAUGUAUACCGCUAUACAUCUGCUGCGUCGUCCUGCUCUUCAUCAUCCUCAACUUCGACAUCUUCUACUCCAUACCCAGUCCGCUCACAGCCUUCCGAACGGAAAAAGCACCCCUCGUGACGAGGACGCGCUUCAGCUCGUUCCCUCAAAAGAUCUGGCAGACAUGGAAGGUUGACCCGCUCAACUUUGAGGACCGCGACCUCCUCACCUCGCGGACGUGGGUUAACAAGAACCCUGGAAUGCGAUACGAGGUUCUCACGGACGAUAACGAGCUUUCUUUUGUGGAAGAACACUUUGGUGCGGGGAGUCAGAUAAAUCGACCUGAUAUCGUCAAGUUCUACAAGAGUAUUAACUUGCACAUCAUCAAGGCUGAUCUGCUGAGAUAUAUGAUCAUGUAUGCUCAAGGUGGUGUCUACGCGGACAUUGAUGUCGAAGCGUUGAGACCGGUUCAUCGAUUUAUCCCAGAGCGCUAUGAUGAACGGGACAUUGACUUGAUCGUCGGUGUUGAGAUAGAUCAGCCUGAGUUCAGCAGCCAUCCAAUUCUGGGCAAGAAGUCAAAGUCUUUUUGUCAAUGGACCAUCAUCGCAAAGCCUCAUCAGCCUGUUAUGCUGCAUCUUAUUGAGCACAUCAUGGCCUGGCUCAAGGACGAGUCCAAGAAGCAAAGGGUCUCCCUGGGAGACAUUGAGCUCACAUUUGACCAAGUCAUCAGCGGCACUGGUCCUUCUGCGUUCACGGGAGCCCUUCUGGAGCAGAUGAACCAUCACCACAAAGGUGGCAAGGUUACAUGGGACUUGUUCCACAACAUAGACGAGUCCAAGGUCGUCGGCAGAGUUCUCGUUCUCAAUGUCGAAGCCUUUUGUGCGGGACAAGGUCACUCAGACUCUGGUAACCAUGAUUCCCGUGGUGCUUUGGUCAAGCAUCACUACCACGCAUCCAACUGGCCAAGCAAGCAUCCUCGCUAUAGCCAUCCAGCAUACGGACAAGUCGAGGACUGCAAUUGGAAUGCCGAGUGUGUUCGAUUAUGGGAUGAGAACGUUGCUGAAUAUGAGAAGUUGUCCGACGAGGAAAAGCAGGUCAAGAUAGAGCAGGCUAAAAAGCCUGAUAUCGGGAUUUGA